AUGUCUGGAGCCUUCCUUACUCCAAACCAAGAGAGACCGAUACAAAGUGACUGUAAUAUGCAGCAUCCCAUGAUGAGAAGUAUAUGGGAUUCUUGGCCAUCCGCCGCGUGUGGCAGUGAAGAAGAGACAGUAGAAAUAAAGAAAGGUGCAUGGACAGAGGAAGAGGAUUCUAUUCUGAGAAACUUCGUCACCCUUCGCGGCGAAGGCCGAUGGAACUCUGUUGCUCUCUGUUCAGGUCUAAAGCGAACGGGCAAAAGCUACAGAUUAAGAUGGUUGAACUACUUGAGGCCAAACGUUCGACGCGGGAAAAUCACCCUCCAGGAGCAGCUCUUGAUCCUCGAUCUCCAUUUUCGCUGGGGCAAUCGGUGGUCGAAAAUAGCGCAACACCUGCUGUUGCAAAUGAAAUGUGACGUGGAUAGCAAACAAUUCAGAGACGCCUUGCGUUUGGUAUGGAUGCCUCGGCUCCUGGAGAGGAUCCGGGCCUCCUCGUCCUCAUCCGCACCUGGGUCUAAUCACCAUGUGCAAGUGCAAAGUGAUCCUUGCUUCUCAGCGUUGCCUUCGUCCGAGAUAAGAUUUGACAGUAAAGGAAAAUGUGAAUAAAGAGGCGCACAGUGCCAGGCCUGUUUAUUAUUUUAUAUAGAGGUAGGGUAAAAACCCUAAUACAAAGAAUGACUUUUACAGCAUGUACAGGUAAAAAUAUCAAGGAAUAAAAGACAAUAAGGUCCAUAAAAUAUCUGUAAGGCAGAAGCCAACGUAGGGUA